GGCUACAAUAUUUGGAGUGGGGAGGAGGAUGGCAAAGAAUAACUUUUCAAAAGAACAAAACUUGGUAUAGGCCCCCGAGCAGCAAAAAACCGGUUUCCAGGUCACAGCUGCUGUUCCUGUAUUUCUUCACACACAUAGGUUCAGUAAUGCUUCACGGUUUCCCUGUAUCUUGCUCUGAGAAGCCGGGAUGACAGCUCCUUGGGUGGCUGCUUUGCUCACUCAGGGAACUAAGCUGAAAAGCAAGGCGUUCUUUUCAGCUCAGAUAAGCUACACCUUUCGGAGCCCUCGGGGAAUGUCUUGGGCUGAGCGCCUCCAGCCUUGUCCAGUUCUUUCCUCUCUGCAGGCUCCGGCUAUGGACAUGUGUCUGAGCUCCGCGCAGCAGCCUGGGCGCCAGGGAGAAGAACCGAGCUCGCCAGGUGGCUGGUUAGGGGCCGAGAAGAAGGGGGUUCUGCAGAAAGACAGCACCGGGGGACCCGUAGAAGAUUCCAACAAGAUAGAACAAUCUCUUCAUAGCCUCCAGAAAUUUGUUCCUACAGAUUAUGCCAGCUACACUCAGGAGCAUUAUCGGUUUGCAGGAAAGGAGAUUGUCAUCCAGGAAUCCAUAGAGAGUUACGGAGCGGUGGUGUGGCCAGGGGCUAUGGCUUUGUGUCAAUAUUUGGAGGAACAUGCUGAGGAACUGAAUUUCCAAGAUGCAAAAAUACUUGAAAUUGGUGCCGGACCAGGCCUUGUUUCCACUGUGGCCAGUAUUUUAGGAGCUCAAGUCACAGCAACGGAUUUGCCUGAUGUCCUGGGAAACCUUCAAUACAAUCUUCUAAAAAACACACUACAAUGUACAGCACAUCUGCCUGAAGUGAAAGAACUGGUAUGGGGUGAAGACCUAGAAAAAAACUUUCCCAAGUCAGCUUUUUACUAUGAUUAUGUCCUAGCCUCGGAUGUGGUCUACCAUCACUACUUCCUGGACAAGCUGCUCACCACCAUGGUGUACCUUUCCCAGCCAGGGACGGUGCUGCUUUGGGCAAACAAGUUCAGAUUCAGCACCGACUAUGAAUUUUUAGAUAAAUUCAAGCAAGUUUUUGACACAACACUGUUGGCUGAAUAUCCAGAGUCAUCAGUCAAACUUUUUAAGGGGAUACUAAAAUGGGACUAAAUCCAAUCUUUUGAGUAAUGUGUUAGAAAUUGCUUUGGUAAUAAAGACUUCUUUUAUAGGAUUGAGAAGGUAGUACAGAGAAACAACUUGUAUACUUAGAACAAAUGUAACAAUACUGCAGAAACUUUCUCAAGUAACUUAUUUAAGAGGAUCUGGUUAAUCUAAAUAUCUAGAAAGAAUACCAUAAAAAUAUGAAAGUAGCUUUGUUGGUUCCAAAGUCUUGGUUACAUCUUUAAUAAAUCUUACAUGGAUAAAUUACUAAGUAAAUUUCUUCCCUAUUUCUGCUAUAGCACAUUUUUAAACUUCUCAAUAUAUUGUCACAUGCUUUUUGAAACUGGGCUUGACAGGGUCACUAUAUUUAAGUUUGAAGAAUCUAUUUUUACAGAUUUUUUAACUGCAGCAAAAAAAAAAAAAAA